AUGGAACAGGGAUUCAUGUAUCAGUGGCAGUCGGAGCUGUCGUUUGACGACAGACGCAAAUUUGUUGCAAUGAUCUGUCGUACCCUCUCGGAGGUCCAGGGGGCCGGUUUUUCAGCUCCAGUUGCAAAACAGGAGGCGAUUGCCUUCGAGAAACAUGCCUACGAUGCUUCUUCCUCUAAAAGAGAGUAUAUAGAUUUUCUGAAGCAGAAGUUGAUGUCUAUCAGACACAACACUGACAAUUCUGGCGCAAUGCAUAAUAUGAAUGGUGUUCAGAUGAACAUGCCUCAAUUUGUGGGGAACUCCAACACCAAUAAUGCCAAUAUGAUGAGCCAAAACGAUGUUCAGGGCAUCGACCAACGUGAGUUUCUGUUGAAACAAGCCCAAAUGCGCAAUAACCAGGGCGGAAUGAUACAAAAUCCACAAAUGGGCCAGAUGUCCCAACAGCAACAACCUCAUCAGCAGAAUAUCCCUCAGCAGCAACAACAGAACAUCCCUCAACAGCAUAUACCCCAGCAACAGCAACAGCGAAACCCUCAGCUUGCAGCUGUACCCGGAACUGUGAAUGUUAAAAACUUACCAAUUCCCGAGGCUUUGCUCAAGAGAAUCCAAGGCCUCCCUCCAGGAGUCAAUACGUGGCCCCAGAUCAUGGCUUUAAUCCAAAGACGCCAGUUCUCGCCUCAGACAAUCCAGGUGAUCAAACAGGUACAUGCCCUACACACCCAAUUGGUGGCAUCGAAAAGCCAACAGGAGUCGACAAUGAUGAGUAUUGCGAAUAACGCAGACACUUCAUCUGCUCCUACUGCCAAUUUGAAUGCGCAAGUUUCAGGCGUUCCAAAUCCACAACAGGUGUUGAACCAGGCUAAUGCUCAACAGAUGAUGCAGAGGCAACAAAUGAUGCAAGCCAACAACCAAAAGAGAAUGGUUCAGCAACAUCCUCAACAGUCCCAGCCUGUGGGGCAGAGAAUGAUGAACAAUCAACACGUUCCUGUUCAACAGCAAAUGAAGCAAGCACCUCAGCAUGUUCCUAUGCAACAACCUCAGCAGGAUAUGAAUGGUCUGAAUAUUUCUCCCACGAUGAGGCAGGUUCCGCCACAACAAUCGCAGCAACAGGCUGGUCCAAACCAGGAUGCCCCUAUGAAUGAACAGCUGAUUGCAGAGCUGAAGCAACAGGCGAUGCAGGUUUUGCAAACGUUGAAGGCAAACAACAAGGUUCCUCCAAACCUGACUCCUCAACAGCAACAGCAGUUUAUCAAGAAGUUCAUCUAUUUCCAGUAUAACCAACGGAAGCAGCAGCAUCAGCAGAUGGGUGCCGAAGGUAUUACUGCCAACCAACAGCAGAUGAACUCUCAGCCCAGAAGCAGAGGGUUCAGUGGUAAUGCAAAUAUAAUGGCUCCAGGAAUGGGAGAUGGUUUCCAGUCUAUGGCUGGUAUGAAUGUCAAACAACCAUUGGGGAUGGGUGGUCUGCCUCAGCAGCCGCAACAGCCUCAGCAACCUCAGCAGAGAUGGAAUAACACCAAUCCAAAUGCUGGAAUCCAGCAGCAACAGCAGCAACAGCAGCAACAGCAGCAAAAGCCUCAGCAGUUCAAUGGCCAAUUUCUCAACAUGGGAGGUCAGAUGCAGCAGUCCCCAGUCUUGCCUCAGCAGCAGUUGCCUACUACUCAAAAUUCGCGUGCCAACUCUAGGGGAAACGUUCUUGGUCAGCAGCAUAUGUUACAGCAGCAGCAACAACAGGCACACCAGCAGGUUCCUAUUUCUUCGGGUAUGAACCAUUCUGGCCCGGCCCACCAAAACCUGCUUCCCGGUAUCGUUGCUACCGAAGACGAUUGGAGGCAGUUGAGGGCCAUAUAUGACGAAGUACAUGGAUUGCCAAUAAACCUGAAGAAUGUCACAAAUGAACUGAACCAGGAUCAGAAACAACAGGUUUUCCAGCAUGCGAGGAAUGCGGCUCAGCUGGCUUCGCUCACUGACAAUUUGAUUCCGAACUUCUACUUUGCAACCAAAAACGCAGAAGGAACCAAGCGGUUGAUUCACAUGAAGUUUAUGAUUAAGCAGAUUAUCGAGGGCUUGAAGAGAAGCGAGUAUGUGGCUACUCCAGAUCUGAUUCAAAAGAUAAUGAGCCAGAUUCAGAGGUACCUUGGAUAUGUUCGCGAACAGCAGAAGAUAUUUGCCCAACACAUGAACUUGAACAAAGCCCCAAUGGCACAGCAGCAGUCUGCCAAGCCGGUGAGUCAGAUUCAGGUGCAGCAGAACUUCAUGCAGCAGCAAAACAUGGCUGCGAACAGGAACGUCGGGGUGUCUCAGCAACAACAGCGUGUUCAGCAACACCAGCAACCGCCCCAUCAGCAGAUGGGAAUGGGUAUGGGUAUGGGUAUGCCUCAAGGUCCAAAUGACAGAGGGCAGCCCUCUGUUUUUGAUGCUGCUGGUUCCGGGCUGAUGGCAGUUGAUCCUACUUUCCAGCAGAUUCCCUCCCAGGGUUUAGUUGAUGCUUCUAUGAUCGCCAUGGAUAUCCCCACCCAGAAAUCUGAUGUUUCUGAUAGUGCGAUGGUCCAUCCAGCGCAGAAAAAGAAUGUUCCAGGAGCCAGGCGUAAGUCCAAAGCUCCUGCCCCUCGAAAGAAGGGAGAUACGCCUACAAGUGCGAUUUCAGCCACUCCGGGCACUGCAAAGACCGCUACUCCAGGUAGUUUGGCUGAACAACAGUCCGGAAUCUCUGCACCGCAGUCAACUGCGAUGGCGCCCGAGUUCCAGAUCGCGAUCAAAGAAAACGCUGAGGCUCUGGCGAAGGAAGAGGCCGAGAGAUCUGCUCUUGAUGCUGGCCGCAUGCGCCGGCGCGAACUGGCAAAUUUCGACCCAUCCCUCUAUUUCUUAGCUACACUGGCGUAUUCAUUUGAACUGCGUGAAGAAGAGAACAAGAUCAUUGAGUCUGCCUCAGAAAACAAAGAUGCAAGGGCUGCCAGCUCUAGUGCAGCUAUAUUGAAAGAUGCUAAACAGCCAGCUUCAUCCCCGUUGCAACGUGGACUGACUCCUUCUGCGGUCUUACAAACUCCGCUCCCAUUCAGUGUAAAGACCCCAAGCUCUGCUGCCAGAAACGGCGCGGGGCUGUCUCCUGGCACUUUGGUGGCCAACGGAACCAAGCUUGGUAGUGGGGUGUCGUGGACAGGUAAGGUAAAGCCGAGAUUAAUCCGGGCCGUUAUGGCGGAGGUUCCAGCUGUGAAGUCGCUGGCGAUUGGGCUAUUUAUGCCCACUCCUCCUGAUGAGCUGAGAGUGAAACGUGAAGCAGACGAUGAUCUCCAUGAGGGUCCUAAGAAGCCCAAACAGGAGACUGGCAUGGGCUCUUGGAUCGUGGGAGCAGGUUUUUAG